AUGUCGACCAAUAGCUUAACCGACCGUACUCCUGAUCCUGAAGGACCAGAAGGACCAGAAGAAGUAGAAGAAGCCGAAGUAAAUGGACCUGAUUCAUCUGAACGAGCUGAACAACACGCUUCCUUGGAUCUUCAACCAAUGCGCUCACCCAAAAGUCCUGUGCGCGAUAGCAUUGUGAAAGUGGGGACAAAAACCACCGCCGCCAUGGGCAAAGCUACGAAAUCAACGACCAAUGCAGUGGUAAAAACUUCAAAGACCAUUGCACACGCAACAGGAGACGCAACAAAGCAAAUUGGAUCGGCCAUUAAGCAUUCCGAAGAGGUCUACGAAAAGAGUCCCUGGUGUUCUGGCGUCCGUUGGAUUCCCAAACACUUUCCUCGAUUUAUUUCGUUCUUCUUUGGUGUCCUUCUUCCAUUGUGGAUCCUUAUUUUGAUUUCGGCUGGAUUUGGGAUCCUUCUUGCUGACUAUGAAGCCCCUGCGGAACUAGAAUCAAAUCAUGACAUCUUGGCAAGCCGAGCAAGGCUGAACAAAACCUUUGUCAAGAGAACUGAUUUGGGAAAGGUACCGGUAGAUUGUAUUUUGAAUUACAUGAAUCAAGCCAAUCGAUCUAUCUUUGAAGAACGAAUCAAGUCGGAUAUCCUUUCAUCUUCCACCUUGGACACGCUGGAGGGACUAAACCUCACCAAUGUGACUGAUAUGAAUGCUACUACCACUGUCAAUGAAACAGACGCAACAGAAGGCACUGGCGCCUUUGAUUUCUCGUUUGCCAACGCAACCAACAAUGCUUCCGAUACCAUCGCAUCGAACAUUAUUAAUCUGAUUGUCGAAACCGAAGACGAAAUCUUGCUUUACAUGACACAGUGUCAGAAAGAACAAAAUGACGAAAUCCAGGCAUAUCUCGAGGUGAGAGAUGCGCAUGGUGACACCGGUGCCGAUUCCCUAUCGUUCAACUGGAUCCGAUGUUGGCCCGAAAAAAUCGACACUAUCUGGGGAGAUACACAGUUUGUAUUUUUUCCUUCUCGUAGCUUGAUCCAAGCCUCGCAUCCAAAUCAACAGGAAGCUUUCGUGGAAAGUGAAUUCGCCCGAAUCCUCGAGGAGGAGGAGGCGACAUGUCUCGAGUCGGGAGAGGACAGCAACGAAGAAUGCUUUGAACAAGCUAUAGAGGCAGCAUCUGCAGGUACUGGGGAUGUCUGUCAUGCUAAUGUCGAGGGUACUAGCUGGUUUUUCUUCACCAUUAUGACCACAGUCGGUUAUGGAAAUCAGGCUCCGAUUACAGAGGAAGGCCGCCUCGUUAUCUACAUUGGAGGAAUUGCAGCUUUGAUCUUAUUCGCUUCGGUUCUGGGUUCUUCAGGUUACAUCAUACUGGCAAUCUUUGACGACACUGUCGAACGAUUUUAUUUGUCCAGGUUUCUUUCGAUUCCUAUCGUCGGUGUUGUGAUGUGGGGAGGAAUCUGGAUUGCUUGGGCCUACGGGAUUGCCACGGAUGCGGACAAUUGGUGGGCCGAACGACUUCCGGACUUCGAAGUUGAUCGAGACGAUGCGCUUUGGUUUGCCUUUAUUUCCACUUCUACCAUUGGUCUUGGUGACUACUCCUUGCAUCCCGCUGUCAUGUUUGGAAGCGAUGCCCUCUGGUUCAGUGCCGAAUUCCUUAUUGGAUUCGUGUUCCUGUCUACCUUCCUGAAUAAGAUUGGUGAAUUUCUCUUUUCGAUGCUUCCAAAGCGAAAAAAUAGUCUAGAAACAAGGCUCAAGGAGACCAACCUAUUUUUUUGGAAACACUGGCCCUGUACCGACUAUCUUCGCUCCUACAUGCUCGAGGUAGAAUCUGAAGCCACCAGCCAAGCUUCGGAACAACAACAACAACAGCCAGAUAUGCAGCAACAGGUUCAACGGGUGGAAGAACUCAAGUCACACCUGCCAAAUCAAUCAAUUCCACCGCAGCUGAUUACCAUGGAAGAUGAAAACAAGACAAUGGAUAGCUUGCUGGAGGAAGAGGAGAUGAUUUUGAAAGCACUCCUUGAAUCGGCCGAGCAAAGGCGCUCUGAACUUCGUAAUGCUGCUGCUGAGGAAAGUAGCCCAGUGGUGACACAACCUGUGAUGCCAGAUUUGGAUAAUUCCACCGAGAUGGAGUCAAGUCCAACUACUGACACAAAGACUGAUGCCAACGCUGUGGAAUGUAUGUCUGCCUAG